AAUGAAACGUUCUAAGUUAAGUGGAGACAAAUAUAGGAAAUUGGCCAAGGAAAAAUUGGAAAAACAAAGAUUGGCUUUAGAAAAUGUCCCGAAAAUUAAUACAUUAUUUAGUAAGGAAGUAAUUACGUCAGUAAGUGUAAGUCCAAAAAUAUCUUCUAGUGUCAUAGAUUCCGGCGAUAUUAAAACAGUACAGAAUGUAAAUGAAAAAAAUAAUACUUAUUUUAAUGACAGUACAGAGAUAGAGUUACAAAAUAAAACUAAAACAAGUAUUUUUAGUAAAGAUUCUUCUCAAUGGAUACGAACAGCCGACUUUAUUCACUUUGUGGCAUCACACGGUGUUGAUCAAAAUAUGAACUCAGACUUUUCAAACUCCAAACGGAUAUACUCAGACCAAAGUAGAUAUUUAACUAAAUCUAUGUUCUAUAGGAUAUUAUCAAACAAUGAAAAAAUUCUUAGAACGUGGUUAGUUUACUCAGAAAUUAAAGGGACUGUAUUUUGCGCACUGUGUUGGUUAUUUCGUGACGACUCUGAUUUGGCUACUACAGAUUUUAAUGACUGGAAAAACGCUUGUUCGAGGUUAAAACAACAUGAAAAUUCUAUAAAUCAUAAAAACUGUUUAAUUCAAAUACAAGACAUCAAUCAAACUAAGGAAAGAGUAGAUUCAAGAUUAAUGAAUCAAAUUGAUGGGGAAAAAAACUAUUGGAAAAAUAUUUUAUUGCGAAUUGUUGCCGUAGUUAAAUCACUUGCCUUACGGGGACUCCCUUUUCGGGGUGACAACGAGUUAAUUGGUUUUUCGAAAAAUGGAAAUUUUCUUAUGUCAAUAGAAUUAAUAUCUGAAUUCGAUCCAUUUUUGGCCCAACAUAUUAAUAAAUACGGUAAUGCCGGUCGAGGAUCAACAUCAUAUUUAUCAUCAACUGUUUUUGAAGAAGUAAUUUCUAUAAUAGCGGAAAAAGUAAAUAAAUAUUCUGUUGAUGAAAUUAAACGUAGAAAAUACUUUUCCAUUAUAGUUGAUUCAACUCCUGACAUUACGCACAUUGAUCAGCUUUCCUUUAUUGUGAGAUAUGUAAAUGACCAAGGUCUACCAGUUGAACGAUUUCUUGAAUUUAUACCAAAAGCGGGUCAUAAGUCUGCAGAGUUAUUUGAUGUAGUCAAUGAUCUCAUAAAACGUUACGGUUUGGAUUGGUCCAACUGUAGGGGACAAUCAUAUGACAACGCUAAUAAUAUGUCCGGCAGUUAUUCAGGUCUCCAAGCACGAGUUAAAAAAAUAAAUAAUUUAAUAUAUUUUGUUCCAUGUGCGGCACAUUCGCUAAAUUUAGUUGGAACGCACGCUGUAGAUGGUUCAAAAAAAGCAGUUAAAUAUUUUGGAUUAAUGCAACAUUUGUUUACGUUCUUUACUAUUUCAACUCAUCGUUGGGAAAUACUCAGUAAUAAUUUGAAACCGGGAACUCAUACGUUGAAACAUCCAUCAUUUACAAGAUGGUCAUCAAGAGAUGCAGCUUGUUUGAGUAUAAAUGAAAAUUGGUCUGAAAUGAUCAAUGCCUUAACAUAUAUAAUGAAUGCUACUACAGAAAUAUUAUGA